CCCAAAUUUCAAGUGCAGAGCACGAUUAUUUUAAGACGUGACAACCCCAUGACCUCCCACGUGUCAGAUGUCAUGUGUCCUUGGAAUCGGCUGGCUGGCCGGGCUAGAUACUGCCACUAGUUGCACUUAUCCUCCAGUGAGCAAUACGAUAGCAGUACGACUGGAUAAGUAUCCAUGUAUCGAGCCACCGUCAAGGUACAAUGAAAACUUAGCGGCCUCUGUUCUUCAAAAUGCUGUAUAUCUCGAGUGUCCUGUGGUCCAACAUGCUGCGAACAGAUAUGAUGUCUUCGACUUGUACAACAAUAUGGUGAUGUGAAGCGAUCCUCUUUUUGUCUUCAUUGGUGAACUAGUAAAAAUGCGCUGAAAGGUUGUCCUAAGCGCACGGUCAGUCGUAAGGCGAG